UAAAUGAAUAUAUGGUCUUUUAAAGGCCAAACUUAUGAUUUUGUUUUUUUUUUUUAAGUAAUCAUAGAAUAUAAAUUAAAAAAAUAAAUGGGGAUUGUUUGUUGUUUUCUUUUUCAAAAAAGUGGAAAAUAACAGGCAGCCUCGUUUUGAGAUGAGGGCGCCAAAAAAAGUCCAAAAGGCGGCACAUACGAAAAAAAAAAAAAGAAACACCCACACGCACAAAACACCUCUGGCCGGCCAUGUGACCUCCACCUGACCUUACGACGCCCUUUCUCUCUCUAAAACGCUAACCCAACCCCCCCCCCCCCCCCCCCCCCUCUCUCUCUCUCUCUCUCAAUGUCUUCUUCAAGUAGGUCCCACAGAACCUCGACCAUCUCGCCGUUCCGUUCUCGCAAGUCACCAGCUCAGCCUCCUCCUCCUCCAAAAUCCACAGGAAGACCGUUAACUCCUUCUUCAACGACGACGACGACGUCCUCUAGGCCUCCAUCGAGACUCUCCAGCUCUCCCGUUAAUACUCCGUCCGUACAGGCAGCUCUUGACCGGCCUGAAAUCAACAAAGCUAAAGAAAAUGUAACGGUCACUGUUAGGUUCCGUCCUCUAAGUGCAAGAGAGAUUAAUAAAGGAGACGAGAUAGCGUGGUAUGCAGAUGGUGAUUUUACUGUGCGGAACGAGUACAAUCCUUCUAUUGCUUACGGUUUUGAUAGAGUGUUUGGACCUGCAACAACAACUCGCCAUGUUUAUGAUGUUGCUGCACAGCAUGUUGUUAGCGGUGCAAUGCAAGGGAUUAAUGGUACUGUGUUUGCAUAUGGUGUUACCAGUAGUGGAAAGACUCACACAAUGCAUGGAGAGCAAAAGUCACCUGGAAUUAUUCCACUGGCAGUAAAAGAUGUGUUUGGAAUUAUACAAGAGACUCCUGGACGGGAAUUUCUUCUUCGUGUUUCGUACUUAGAAAUCUACAAUGAGGUCAUCAAUGAUUUGCUUGAUCCAACGGGGCAAAACCUAAGAAUACGAGAGGAUGCACAGGGAACCUAUGUUGAGGGAAUCAAAGAGGAAGUGGUUUUAUCACCUGCUCAUGCUCUUUCUCUGAUAGCAACUGGAGAAGAGCAUAGGCACGUCGGUUCUAAUAACUUCAAUCUUUUAAGCAGUCGGAGCCACACUAUAUUCACCUUGACUAUUGAAAGCAGUCCACGUGGAGAAAGUGAAGGAGAAGAAGAUGUGACUUUGUCUCAAUUGAAUUUAAUUGAUCUUGCAGGAUCUGAAAGCUCUAAAACUGAAACAACUGGAUUGCGGAGAAAAGAGGGUUCGUACAUCAAUAAAAGCUUACUGACUCUUGGCACAGUGAUCUCUAAACUAACAGAUGGAAAAUCAACUCAUAUUCCAUAUCGGGAUUCAAAACUCACACGUUUGUUGCAAUCUUCCCUCAGUGGCCAUGGGCGGAUCUCUCUUAUUUGCACCGUGACACCUGCCUCAAGCAAUAGUGAAGAGACACACAACACACUGAAGUUUGCACAUAGAAGCAAGCAUGUGGAAAUUAAGGCUUCACAGAAUAAGAUUAUGGAUGAGAAGUCUCUCAUAAAAAAGUAUCAGAAGGAAAUUUCCUGCUUAAAGCAAGAGCUUCAGCAAUUAAAGCGGGGAAUAAUGGCAAAUCCUCAUAUGGCUGCAUCUGCCCAAGAAGAUCUGGUUAAUUUGAAGCUUCAGCUGGAAGCUGGUCAGGUCAAAUUACAGUCAAGAUUGGAAGAAGAGGAACAAGCCAAGGCAGCAUUAAUGGGAAGAAUCCAGCGGUUGACUAAACUUAUCUUGGUUUCCACCAAGAAUUCCUUGCAACCAAGCCUUCCAGAAAGGCCUGGUCAUAGGCGAAGACAUUCCUUUGGUGAAGAUGAGCUAGCAUAUUUACCAGAUAGGAAACGAGAAUACGUGGCUGAAGAAGAUGCUGGAAGCUAUGCUUCUGAGCUUUCAGCUGACCUAGGAGAUGAUAUCAAUAAUCUCGAUGAGUUGGUGAAGGAUUAUAAAAGAAACAGGAGGCGAGGGAUGCUUGGCUGGUUUAAACUUAGGAAGCCUGAGAAUCUGGCUAGGUCAUCACCAAGUGUUGAUAGUGAGAGCUCUGCAAGUGGUUCACCCGCAUCUUGUUCUAAGUCAUCACAAAACAGAGUCAUGUUUACCGAUAUGAAGGAUGGACAGAGAAAAUCAGUCAGUAGAAAGGGAGAUGAUCCUGUGCUCACUAACUCAUUUCCAGAACGUACCCAAGCUGGUGACUUGUUUAGUGCUGCUGUCAGAGAUCGCCGAUUGCCUCCGAGCGAGACCACAAUCACAGAUCAAAUGGAUCUACUCCGCGAGCAGGUGAAAAUGUUAGCUGGGGAGGUGGCAUUAUGUACCAGUUCUUUGAAGAGGCUGUCAGAGCAAGCUGCUACCAACCCUGAAGAUUCACAACUGAAGGAGCAAAUGCGGAAAUUAAAAGAUGAAAUUAGUGAAAAGAAGUUUCAGAUGCUUGUUUUAGAGAAACGCAUGAUUGGUUCAAUUGAGAGGACACCACAUACAUCAAGCAGUACUGAAGUCUCGCAGGCUCUAUCCAAGCUCACUACCCUGCUAAAUGAAAAAACUUUUGAACUUGAGAUUAAGUCAGCAGAUAACAGGAUACUUCAGGAGCAACUACAAAUGAAGCUGUCAGAAAACACUGAGAUGCAAGAGACAAUUCUUCUUCUGAGGCAGCAGCUGAAUUCAUUAUUGGGUAACCGUCAACAAGAAAUUGUUGAAUCUAAUUGUAAAGCAAUGUAUUCAGAAGAGUUAGCAAGAAAGAACAAAGAAGGGAGGAAAGAGACUUGGCCAUGUGAAGAAACUUCUAUUGAUGAGAAUACACCCAAAAGUGUCAUGAGCUUGACUCGAAUAUUUUCCCAAGAGGACUCCAAAGAAUAUAAUGGAAUUGCUUACCCAAGUUCUCAAGCUCUUAUACAGGCUGCUGAGAUAGAGAAUCUGAAGCAAGAGAAAGGGAAGUUAAUUGAAGAAAAGAAUGGGCUCGAAAUUCAAUGUCAAAAACUGGCUGAGGAAGCUACAUAUGCAAAAGAACUAGCUGCAGCUGCAGCAGUCGAGCUCCGAAACUUAGCUGAAGAAGUUACCAAGCUCUCUUAUGAAAAUGCGAAGCUGACUGAUGAUCUGGAUGCUGUGAACGAAGUGCAUUGCAGGUCUAAUUGUUGUCAGGGUUCUGGUUCAUAUGGCUCUAAACAGAGUAACUUAGCUCAAUGUGAUGGUCUUGCUAGAAGACAAGAGGAAAGUCUCUUGGUUGAGGAGUUACAGAAAGAGCUAAAUGCAAAAUACGAAAAAGAAGCUGCAAUGGAGGCUGCACUAUCUGAGAGAGAUAGAACAGCAAAUGAACUACAAGGAAGACUUGAUGAAACAAAGCGGUGUCAAGAAGAAUUGGAAAAUGAACUUGCCAAUAUGUGGGUGCUAGUUGCGAAGACGAGAAAGUCAGGUGUCAGUGCUGAGGACAUACCAUCUGAAGGGGUACAUGCAUCUCAUACUUCUCGGACUGGACUUAAAAAUGGACUUCUACCAUCUAAUGGUCAUUCUCUUAGAAUAUCCAAAGAUGAAACUCGUGAAAAUAUGGACGGAAUAAGUACACUAGAAAAACUAAAAAUGCUCUAUCAAAAAGAAAAAAGAAGAUGCAGAGAGUUAGAAAGCCUAAUUUCAAGACUGAAGAUAUCGGUGGUUUGGAUGUCACAGCUCUUGAGGAACUACAGAAUUUUCACAUUGAAGUGAUAACAAAAAUUUCUCAUGCAAAGUGUGUUAAUCAGGCCUUAUAGCAUCUCCAACACCUAUUAUGGAAUUCUACCAUGUUGGAGUUUCUGACUUUUGAGGUAUAUUCAAAUUGUACAGUAACAGAAGUAACCGAAUCAAUUUAUGCCAAUUGCUCAGUCUACCAUUUUGGUAGAAGCAUCUGUGGAGUAGCAAUUUAUCUCGGAUUCAGAUUUGGUAGCUAACUUGCAGGAAGUGAACCAAGGACAUUAUCCUAUUUUAUAAAAAAUGUUAGUACUUUGUAUGGGUCAACCCAUUCACGUCUAUUCCGAUCUGUAUGUUACAAAACACGUACUAUGUAUAGUGCUAUGAAGCUAUUUUUGCCUUUUA